AUGGAACGAAAUGGUGAACCAUCGCCAUCGCGGAGCAGCCAUGACCCAAGCCAGCGAACCGUCACCAAUUUACCGUUGGACACGAAUGCCUUCAUCCAAGACAUAUUUAAGCAGCAGCAGGAAAUUCUUCAUCAGCAACAACAGUCCUUUUUGCAACAGCAGGAGCAGCUAAUUACUAAAGUGCUAGCUUCAAUUGGAUCGCGACAACCUGUGGGAAAUGAACACAUUAUUGAUGCCCUAGCAAAACACAUACAAGAGUUCCACUAUGAUCCGGAGGAUGCUGUUACAUUCAGUGCUUGGUUUGCGCGAUACGAAGAUCUCUUCGAAAGGGAUGCGGAACGUCUGGACGAUGCCGCGCGAGUGCGUCUUUUGUUGCGGAAGCUGGGUGCAGCGGAACACGAGCGAUAUGUAAGUCACAUUCUUCCAGCUAAACUAAAUGAUUUCGAUUUUAGAUCGACGACUGGCAAGCUGAGAAAAUUAUUCGGUUCUCCUGAAUCCGUCAUCGCCAAACGGUACCGAUGCUUGCAGAUGUGUAAAUUGCAGGAAGAAGACUACAUGACUUACUCGUGCCGCGUGAACAAGGCUGUUAUAGAAUCCGAGCUGGGAAAGUUAUCCGAAGAGGAACUAAAAUGUCUAAUUUUUGUAUGUGGUCUGAAAGACGACAAUUAUUCCGAGAUUCGCAUAAGGCUCCUAAAUCGACUAGAGGAGAAAAGCGAUAAAACGGUAACGGAUAUGGCAGAAGAGUGUAAACGGAUGGUGAACUUGAAGCGUGAUACGGCAAUGAUAGGCGAGGGAGAGAAGAGUGUGAGCAUCGUUCGUGGAUCCCGUGAGAAAUACCCUAAGAAGGAGCACCAAGCGUGGAAACAGCCGAAUAAGCCAAAUGCAAUAAAAUGCUGGCUGUGUGGCGAAGGGCACCAUGCGCGAAAGUGUUUCCACAAAUCCUAUAAGUGCAAUAAUUGCCAUAGAUACGGACACAAGGAAGGGUACUGCGAGUCAGCUUUGAGAUGGGCCAAUAGAAAGAAGCGAUGCGUGAAAUCGGUGAUCGUGAAUAGGGUGAAUAGUGCUAGCCGUGGCCGUGUAAAUUUAUUUUUGAAUAACACCCAGAUCCCGAUGAUGGUAGAUACCGGAGCCGAUAUAAGCAUAAUUUCGAGCAAGCAGUGGCACGCAAUCGGUAGCCCUGCAUUAAUUCCUGCAAGCGUGAAAGCGAGGACGGCGUCUGGUGAUCCAUUACACAUUUUGGGCGAGUUCCAAUGUGAUAUAACAAUUGGCCAGCAGUGCAAGUGUUGUACAAUACGGGUGACAGAAGCUGACCUAAUGUUGCUGGGAGCGGAUUUAAUGGACACAUUUGGUCUUUGGAAUGUUCCUUUGGCAUCAAUAUGCAGUGAGAUAAAUGUCGUAGAAGCAAGCGAGAAUACGAAGACCCUGCAAAAAGCUUUUCCUGCAUUAUUUUCGUCGAAGCUAGGGCGAUGUACGAAAGGUUGUGUGAAGUUGAUGCUGAAAGAAGGAGUGACACCAGUGUUCAGACCCAAGCGACCAGUAGCGUAUGCGAUGUUGCAAGCAGUCGACGAUGAGCUUCUGAGGCUGGAAAAUGAUGGCAUUAUUACACGAGUGGAAUAUUCGGAUUGGGCAGCACCUAUUGUAGUGGUACGCAAGGCGAAUGGAACCAUCAGGAUCUGCGGAGAUUAUUCAACGGGUUUGAAUAAUGCUCUAAUGGCGCACCAGUACCCACUGCCAUUACCCGAGGAAAUUUUUGCCAACUUGAGUAAUUGUGUUGUGUUUAGCCAGAUUGACCUCUCUGAUGCAUUUUUGCAGGUAGAGGUAGAUGAAAAUCAUCGCGGACUUUUAACGGUCAACACGCAUCGAGGUUUAUUCCGAUAUAACCGUUUACCACCCGGAGUCAAGGCAGCGCCGGGAGCGUUCCAGCAGUUAAUCGACACAAUGUUAGCUGGCUUGGAUGGUGUCGCAGCAUAUAUGGACGACAUCGUAGUUGGAGGCAAGGACAUGGCAACCCAUAAUGGCAACCUGCGAGCGGUUUUGGAGAAGCUGCAAGAGUAUGGAUUUACUAUACGCGCAAGUAAGUGCAAUUUUUAUAAAUCCCAGAUUAAAUACUUGGGCCAUCUAUUAGAUGGAAAAGGGUUACGUCCAGAUCCGGACAAGAUUAAGGCCAUUUUAAAAUUGCUGCCCCCUACUGAUGUGCCGGGAGUGCGGUCAUUCCUAGGAGCCAUAAAUUUUUACGGCAAAUUUGUCCAUAAUAUGCGAAUGCUGCGACAUCCUCUUGAUGAUUUGCUCAAGGAAGGAAAGGUUUUUUGCUGGACGCCACAAUGUCAGCAUGCCUUUGAACAAUUCAAGAAGAUUUUAUCUUCAGAUUUGUUAUUAACGCAUUAUAACCCACGGCUCGACAUAAUUGUUUCGGCAGACGCUUCAUCGAUUGGAUUAGGAGCUACUAUAUCGCAUAGGUGGCCGGAUGGAAAGAUAAAAGUAGUCCAACACGCAUCGCGAGCACUUACAGCAGCUGAGCAGCGUUAUAGCCAACCUGAUCGUGAAGGGCUAGCGAUUAUUUUUGCCGUCACUAAAUUUCACCGUAUGCUGUUUGGACGACAUUUUCUUCUACAAACAGACCAUCAACCAUUGCUCCGAAUCUUUGGUUCGAAAAAGGGUAUACCUGUAUAUACCGCAAACCGUCUACAGCGUUUCGCUUUGACAUUACUGCUUUAUGAUUUUGAAAUAGAGUACGUACCAACUGAGAAGUUCGGAAAUGCAGAUGUGCUAUCCCGGUUGAUGGAUAAACAUGAAAAACCGGAACAAGAUUUUAUAAUUGCCAGUAUUGAACUAGAUAAUGAUGUCGGAGCCCUUGUGAAAAAUGCAGCGAAGAGUUUACCGCUGGCAUUUGAACAUGUAGCGCGCGAGUCGCAUAACGACCCUUUGCUUCAGGUCGUGUAUAACUACAUACAAAGUGGGUGGCCAAAGAAUAUAGAUAAUGCGGAAUUGAAAUACUUCUACGCGAGACGAGAGUCCCUUUCAACAAUUGAGAAUUGUAUUUGUUUUGGAGAGCGGUUAGUGAUUCCUGCGUCGCAGCGUCGGCGGGUGCUAGAAAUGAUGCACCGUGGUCAUCCAGGAAUCGAUCGUAUGAAAGCUAUAGCACGAAGUUAUGUUUAUUGGCCAUUGAUAGACGCGGAUGUUGAGAAACUUGUAAAGUUAUGCAAAUCGUGUGCUUUAGCAGCUAAAUCGCCAAUUCAUAGCUCUCCAAUAUCAUGGCCGAAAACUGAUGCACCAUGGCAGCGUGUUCAUAUAGAUUACGCUGGACCUAUAGAUGGUGUCUACUUUCUUCUGGUGAUUGAUUCUUUUUCUAAGUGGCCUGAAAUUAUUUCGACUUCAAGUAUAUCCGCUAAUGCAACCGUCACUAUGUUGAGAGGAUUGUGUGUUAGAUUUGGCAUGCCUAACACGAUAGUGAGCGACAAUGGUAGGCAGUUUACCAGUGCAAUUUUUGCCGAUUUUUGCAACACUAAUGGAAUCGAGCAUAUUAAGACUGCCCCAUACCACCCUCAGUCGAAUGGGCAAGCAGAAAGGUUUGUUGAUUCCUUUAAAAGAGCGCUCAAAAAGAUAAAGGUGGGGAAGGUGUCAUUACAGGAAGCCUUAGAUACGUUUCUCCUGACCUACAGAAGUACACCGAACAAGCAGCUAGAAGGAAUGCGUACUCCAGCAGAGGUCAUGUUUGAACGAAAAAUCCGUACUUGCUUGGAACUGCUGCGUCCCCCAGUACAAGUUGAAUCAACGAGCAAGCAGAUGCCACCCAGAAAGUUCCACGUUGGUGAAACGGUUUAUGCUAAGGAGUACCGUAAUAAUUCCUGGAGUUGGAUUCCUGGUGAGAUCACCAAACGGCGUGGAAACGUAAUGUAUGAAGUACAGAACGCAGCCGGAAAGAAGUGGCGUUCACACAUCAACCAGCUACGACCACGAUUGAAUAUCGGUACACAUACUGUCCAACCAGACGCUACGGAAACUUCAAUGGCUUUGAACAUUUUAUUGGAUGAAUGUCGAAGCACUGUUAGUGACAGCUUUACCUAGGCGGUGUUACCUCCUGGGAUUUCUGUGCCAUCGUCAUCGUCAUCGUCUUUAAUGUCAGCGUCUUCGUCAUCGUCGUAUUCGUCUUCGACGUCGUCUCCGUCGUCUUCAUCGUCAUCCCCGUCACUGUUACCUUUCAUGUCUGAAUCGUCUCCGUCCCUUUUGUUAUCGUCAAAUAAUACGGAUGUUCUAAGUUCUCCAGAUUUCGCUCCAGCUGACAGUGCAUCAUCGCCUUCACCGGUGCAGCCCCUACGUCGUUCUACGCGUGUUCGAAGAUCGCCACAGUGGAUGCGGUCGUACCAGAGAAAUUGAAGAGGAGGGAUGUUGGGAGCCACCCUGUACAAGCCUUGACAGAGUUCGUCAUGCGCCCGAUGUUAGGCGACCGUAUGCGUGAAAGCACGAUCGACGCUCUUCGGGAUAGAGAGAUCGUUCUCUUCUCUCCCGACCGGCUAAGGCAAAGGACGUAUCGUUUGGUCCGUGUGUAAAACAUUACAUUAUAUUAAUAAAAGUUAUUGUUAUAGAUCGAA